CAAGCUAUGAGCGUCCUUCACUUUACACAGCUGUGUGGCUCUAAACACGUUACAAAAGCAGUGUGUUGUUGUUAGUUGACGGAUUUUUCGCUGGUUUCUCGUUUUUAUGGAGUGACAGUAUACAUAGAAGUGGUGGCUGGAAGGAAUCAAUAAUUUUAGAGCUUUCGGCGCUUUAUUAGGCACAAGUCGCCAUGACAGCGCCAAACUCUUCCGAACGCAAAGCAUGCUGGGAUGCCAGGGAUUUGCUGUGGAAAUGUCUGGAUGACAACAACGACAACGCUGAAUCCUGCCAAAAGUUUCAGAGCGAGUUUGAGGCAAAAUGCCCCAAUCAGUGGGUGAAAUAUUUCACAAAAAGAAGAGGUUUCCUGAAAUACAAAGAGAAGAUGGAGACGGAGGGAUUCACACCUGCUGAAGGUCCCCAGCAGCCAUCCUAACAAACGGACAUCUUAAGACUG